AAAAAAAAAUGAAAACAAAUUAGAAAUAGCCAAGAAUAAGAGUGGAGUGAGCUGAGGAGGGAGCAGAAAAAAUGCACAAUGCGCAUGCGGCGAUGGAAGCAAAGCUGCCGCAUCCGCCAUUUUUAUCCAAACCUGAAGCUUCUGCUCCCAAUCCCAUUUACAUUAUUAUCCCUCCUAUUCUCCAAACCCAUUCCUCUACACUCCAUCAAUAACAAGACCCAAAAAUCCCAACCCUAAAUAAAAAUCCAAUUUCUAUUUAUAAAAAUGCAGGGGUCAGAGCUCUUCUGCUCUAGCGAUUACACGGUCUCGGACGGAGUAUCUCGAACCCCAUUUUCUUUUUCUUCAAAUUCGGCUUUCUUUGUUAGCGGUGGCUUGUUUCUCGAGCCCACAAUUUCCGAAUCCUUUCUUCUCUCAGUCUCACCUAGAAAACACCAUGCAAUUGGAGCUUCGAAUUCGGGUUCGGGUUCUGUUUCGUUGUCUGCUUGUAGAUAUAGAGUGGUGGUUGGUGGUGGGUUCUUGUCCGUGAGUUUGAAGAGCGGUCCGAUUGUUGGGGAAACGAAGCGGUGUGAAUUUCAAAACGGAUAUGAGGGAUCCGAGGAGGCCGUGGUUGAGGAGAUGAAGGAGGAGAAAGUUAAGGUACGGGGAGGCCGUGCCAUGAAUACCACCAAGCAUUUGUGGGCUGGUGCUAUAGCUGCCAUGGUUUCCAGAACUUUUGUUGCCCCACUUGAGAGACUGAAGCUAGAAUAUAUAGUUCGUGGUGAGCAGAAGAACCUAUUUGAUCUUGUCAAGACAAUUGCGGUUUCUCAAGGUUUGAGAGGCUUUUGGAAGGGAAACUUUGUCAACAUCCUACGAACAGCUCCAUUUAAAGCAGUCAAUUUUUAUGCUUAUGAUACUUACAGAAAGCAAUUGCUCAGAUUUUCCGGGAAUGAGGAGACCACAAAUUCUGAAAGGUUCAUUGCUGGUGCUGCGGCUGGGAUUACUGCUUCUGUACUCUGCUUACCACUAGACACAAUUAGGACUCAGUUGGUGGCUCCUGGUGGGGAAGCUUUGGGUGGUGUUAUUGGUGCUUUCCGCCACAUGAUCCAAACUGAAGGGUUCUUUUCUCUUUAUAAGGGCUUAGUACCCUCCAUUAUGAGUAUGGCACCUUCAGGUGCAGUUUUCUAUGGUGUAUAUGAUAUAUUAAAAUCAGCUUAUCUACGUUCACCAGAAGGAAGGAAAAGAAUUGAAAACCAAAAAGGAAAGGAACUGACGGCCUUGGAUCAACUUGAAUUGGGACCAAUUAGGACGUUGGUACACGGGGCUAUUGCCGGCGCUUGUGCUGAAGCUGCAACAUACCCCUUUGAAGUUGUGAGGAGACAGCUUCAGCUACAAGUCCAGGCAACUAAAUUAAGUGCUAUACAAACUUGUGUGAAAGUAGUUGAGCAAGGAGGAAUCCCAGCUCUUUAUGCAGGACUCAUUCCCAGCUUGCUACAGGUACUUCCUUCAGCUGCAAUAAGUUACUUUGUGUAUGAGUUCAUGAAGAUUGUUCUUAAAGUAGAAUGAAGAUAAAAAAAUGAUCCUCUGGAAGAACAUUAUAGGAGGUUGUUCAUCAACAGAAAGAGAACCAGAAAUAAAUUUAGAAUCGUAGGAAUAGGAUGGUAGGUGAUUUUAGCAGUUACAAUUGAUAUUUGCAAAAUAUUUUUAUUGGAAAAGGAAGAAAAUAAAAUCUCCCUAUAUAUCACUGCCUUCUCUCAGUUCAAGUUCUAUACUCAUUUUCAUAUCUAAUUCUUUGGUCAUCUCCUAAAUCCGAAGACAUACUCGAGAAACUUUGUUUGAUUUGCUUAUCGAUUCAUAAUUCAUUCUAAACAUGUUGCUAGUAAAAUUCCUACUUUGGGAACAACAAUCUGAGUAUUGCUGGUCAACUGGAGCUAGAUUUUACAGAUCCAGUAACCAUGUGUAGCAUCGAACUUUGGAAGCCUGCAUCAAUAGCUAGCAUUGAGAAAUUGGAACGAGAAUCGUGGCUUCUACCGCUACAUUAUGCUAUUGCAGCAGAAAACUUGCUUAGUGUACUCAAGCCACAACUGUAUUCCUUAAUGCUACCAUCCGCAUCAUGGUUAUGGAAAUCUUCUGUUUUAAAUUUGUUGGCGAUGUAAGCAUUUGUUGCUCAACUUGUUACUUUUACGCCAUGCCAAGUAAAGAUGCAUUUUUUUUUUUUUCUGGAACCUUUCAGUUCCUUUGCAAAGAUGUUAUUAACUCAAUGUUUCAGAUUGCCUUUCUGUUUGUUCA